GGAGUGGAAUUGCGGUGGCCGUUACUGGCGCCGUUCGCAGCGGGGCGGCGCGGUGGGGAUGAGCCUCUGCCCGGCCCGGCUCAGCGGACGCGGGCGGGGGAACGCCGCGCGCCAGGUCGGGCCUCCAGCAGCCCGCUGCUGUUCGCUUCUGCCGUCCCGCAGGCGAGCGGCUGCGGAGCUCGGGGAGCGCCGCUGACCGGAGCCGCCCGCUCGGGCCCUAUCGGGCCCGGGGCGAGGGAGGGAGGGAGGGAAGGAAGGAGGGACACGCAGGUAGUGGGGCGGCCGCGCCCCAGCCCAAGCUCCCCGGGAGACGGGGGGGCUGUUGGGGCGGCCCGGCCUCUCUCUCCUGCGGUCCCGUCUCCUCCCCUUCGUUCCCCCGCGCGGUGGUUAGGCAGGCGAGGGAGUGCGCGGCCCGGCGCCCUCGGAGAGGAUGGUGAAGCCGCCCGCAGCUCCCGCGCCGGGCCGGGAGGCGGCCGAGCCGAGCCGGGCCCGCGCCGCCGGGGCGCUCCGCAGAGGCUAAGGGAUGAGCCGUACCCCGCGGGGUGGUCGCUAGCGGAAGGAUGACCACUCCCGCCUUGCUGCCGCUCUCCGGGCGGAGGCUGCCCCCUCUGAACCUGGGCGCCUCCGCCUUCCCGCACCACAGGGCUACCUUGAGACUCUCCGAAAAAUUUAUCCUGCUCCUGAUUCUUAGUGCCUUCAUCACCCUGUGCUUCGGGGCUUUCUUCUUCCUCCCCGACUCCUCGAAGCACAAGCGCUUUGACCUGGGCUUGGAGGAUGUGCUCAUUCCUCACGUGGACACCAGCAAAGGGGGCAAGAACCUCGGCGGCUUCCUCAUUCACGGGCAAGAGCACGACGAGCACCGGCACAGAGAAGAAGAGGAACGUCUGAGAAAUAAGAUCCGAGCAGAUCAUGAAAAGGCACUGGAAGAGGCUAAGGAGAAAUUGAAGAAAUCACGUGAUGAGAUUCAAGCUGAGAUUCAGACAGAAAAGAACAAAGUAGUGCAAGAGUUGAAGAAGAAGGACAGCAAGCCACUGCCCCCCGUUCCUUUACCAAAUCUUAUAGGGAUAAACAGUGGAGAACCAGCAGACCCGGAUAUCCGAGAGAAGAGGAACAAAAUUAAAGAGAUGAUGAAGCAUGCCUGGGACAAUUAUAGGCAAUAUGGAUGGGGACAUAAUGAGCUCAAACCAAUUGCCCGGAAAGGACAUUCCACCAACAUAUUUGGAAACUCACAAAUGGGUGCUACCAUAGUAGAUGCAUUGGAUACUCUUUAUAUCAUGGGGCUUCACGAUGAAUUCAGAGAAGGACAAGAGUGGAUUGACAAAAACCUUGAUUUCAGUGUGAAUUCUGAAGUAUCUGUUUUUGAGGUCAAUAUUCGCUUCAUUGGUGGUCUUCUAGCAGCAUACUACCUUUCAGGACAAGAGGUUUUCAAGGUCAAAGCAGUGCAACUGGCAGGAAAACUUCUUCCAGCUUUCAACACACCUACGGGUAUACCAUGGGCAAUGGUGAAUCUGAAAAGUGGUGUAGGUAGAAACUGGGGCUGGGCCUCUGCCGGCAGCAGCAUCCUCGCUGAGUUUGGUACUCUGCACAUGGAAUUUGUCCACCUCAGCUAUUUGACAGGAGACCCUGUAUACUACAACAAGGUCAUGCACAUUCGGAAGUUACUUCAAAAAAUGGAUCGUCCUAACGGACUUUAUCCAAAUUAUUUGAAUCCAAGAACAGGCCGAUGGGGUCAGCAUCACACAUCCGUGGGCGGGCUGGGAGACAGUUUUUAUGAAUAUUUAUUGAAAGCCUGGCUUAUGUCAGACAAGAUGGACACGGAGGCAAGAAAAAUGUACGACGAUGCCAUUGAGGCCAUAGAAAAGCAUCUCAUCAGAAAGUCCAAUGGAGGACUGACCUUCAUUGGGGAGUGGAAGAAUGGGCACCUUGAAAGAAAGAUGGGCCACUUGACCUGUUUUGCAGGGGGAAUGUUUGCCCUUGGAGCAGAUGGUUCCAGAGAUGAUAAAGCUGGACAUUAUUUGCAGCUUGGAGCUGAAAUUGCACAUACAUGUCACGAGUCAUAUGACAGGACAACAUUAAAGCUGGGUCCAGAAGCAUUCAAAUUUGAUGGUGGCGUAGAGGCAGUGGCUGUGCGGCAGAAUGAGAAGUAUUACAUCCUAAGACCAGAGGUGAUUGAGACCUACUGGUAUAUGUGGAGGUUUACCCACGAUCCCAAGUACAGGCAGUGGGGCUGGGAGGCAACACAGGCAAUUGACAAGUAUUGCCGAGUCAGCGGUGGCUUUUCUGGUGUCAAGGAUGUCUAUUCCUCAUCUCCUACAUAUGAUGAUGUACAGCAGAGUUUUUUCCUUGCUGAAACUUUGAAGUAUUUGUAUCUGCUGUUCUCCAAUGAUGACCUUCUACCAUUAGACAACUGGGUUUUUAACACGGAAGCUCAUCCUCUGCCUGUUUUACAUUUAGCCAACACCACACUAUCAGGAAACCCUACAUAUCGAUAAAAACAGCUCUAUGAAGAGAAAGAGAGACUGUUUUCAGCUCUGUUUUGUUUACAUGGACCACUUGAGACUUUUAAGCAGGAGAGGAGACAGACGAUUGCUAAAACUAGACCUCUGAGUCAAGCACGUACCAGCGUGAGAAAUGAAGCUCUUCAGCAUAUAGAUAAGUUAAAAGUUCUGUUUUAUACAUGACCAAAACACAUUAGUGUGAUAUUUGCAGGACAGAGACUUCAUGCGCUUCGAACCUUAGCAAGACAUGGAAUCUGUUGUUUAAUAGGAGCACAGCAGCGUAAGGAAGAAGAGGCCCUCCCGUCUAGGGAGAGAAACUUGCUGCUGCUGCUGUUCUAAACAAGGAACACACACCAGUCACCUCUUCAGAUCAGGUGGCUUCCAAAUACCUAGAUUUUCCUUUUCUUUUUUAUUUUUUAUUUGUUUGAGGAUGGCAUGAACAAAGCAACAACAAAAGCAACAUCCCUGCACCAGCAGCAGCAGGAUUUGAAUUGCUUUCUGUACCUCUCUGAAUUUCCUAAGGAGCACCUGCUUGUCCAGACUGGCAGCCAUUCUCAGGGCCACUAACCUAUUCAAGCUAAACUUUAAACCAUAAAAACUAUUGCCUCCUCCUUUUCCCCUUUUCAGAAUAAUGCUGAAAGAUCUGUGUUGUAUGCUUGCAACCAAAAAACCCCAUUUAGUAGGCAUUUGCUUUGUAGCUCUCUGUCAGCAACACGGGCUUUGUUCAUUUGGCAAGCUACAGUCAGAAUCUGGAGCGAGUUGCAGGGGUAGGAAGGAACCUGAGCUUCCCUUCCUCAGAAAUCAUGUCACAUGGAAAAAAAACACUCUUCUAUUAGUCCUAGUUCUUUUAGCUAAAAAAAACAGAGAUGACAAAAUGAGAAAAACUGUCUCUCAUGAUUUCUAUAGGUGGAUACAAUAGAUGGUACUUAAAAAUGUUCUCUCCCCUUGAGCCAAGCAGCAGGAGUUUGUUGGUUUAUACUUUUAUAAACAAUCUAGAUUUUUCCUGAAAGUUAAAUUUCCUCAGUUGGAUACUGUUGACAGAACCUUCUUUGCAGGUUUGUGUAUGACAGAAGCCCAAAGCUGCCUUUGAUUUAAUUUAGAAAACUGCUGCCAAAUCAGUGUGAUCUUCUUAGGAAACAUCUCUGACAUAGGGGUAGAAAAAGAAACUAAAGUCUCUUUUCCCAUUAGUUUAUGAGAAAUGAGAUGCUGCUACCUGCAUGUUUUGGGUUUUUUUUUUCCAAGAGCUCCUGGGCUGUGCUGUGCAUCACUUACAUGGAGUCUGCUUCAGUCUUUACUUAGUUCCUAAAAGAAAUUUUAGUCUCUUCAGGUACAUCUCUAUCUCUUUUUUUUCCUUUUAGCUGUUUUUCCAGGAUCCUUACAGCUCAAAUUAUUCUUUCUAUUCCCCUUUAUAGCUCUCAAAUCCUUUUGCCAUGGUGACUGACCCCUUUGCUGAAAAGGAGCUGUGAGGUGCUCCUUUCCCUCCUAUUUAGCGCACAGGUUGAGUCUUUAAAAGAUCUUGAUUGUGUUUUCAUACUGAAGUGAAUGGUAGAACUCUUUAGUGAGCUACAGCAGUAAAGCAUCAGAUAGAAAGGGAGUGAGUGCUUUUUUUCCCUUCAAAAGAUGUUUUUAUAUGAAGUUUUAUAUAGAAAAGCUUUUCUAUCAUAUCUGACUGUACAUUAUAGUAGAAUGUCCCCCAUAAAAUUUUCCUUCACUCGUCUCUGACACUAACUUGGACAUAGAAAUCAUGAUGUAAGAAAAAAAUGCUAUCAGAUGGUUUUUUCCAGACAGUUUCUUUAUUUUCAGAGGGGGAAGACACAGAGCUUGGAGAAAACUCCAGUCUCUGUGUUUUUACCUUAAUACCAGUCGCUUAGUUAUUCUAAGUUGAAGCAGUAGCUUAAAAAUAAUUGCAGAACCAAGAAAGUAAUUGAUACAGUAAAUAAUACUGAAUCAAGUAAUUUUUUAUCUAAAAUCAGAAGUCAGUUAAUAAAUGGAUUCUUCUUACCAGUCCCACAUUAACUUAUUUUUCUAAUUGGUAUUCAGUGGCUUACUGAAGAGCUGGUCAUUUUCCAUUUCCCAAAGUUCAGAUAGGUUGUAUUUUCAAAUUGAGUUUUUUUCCCAUUACUAGUUUAAAACUGCACUUGAUUUCAUUGUUCUCUUCAACUUCUCCAGGUACAAAGGAGAAAGAGGAAAAGCAGAUUCUUCCAUUUAAAAAAAUAAAUACAAAAAAAAGCAGCACUUUCCAUCCCGUAACAUCCAUUCUCAUACAUCUCCUGAUGAAUACACAUGUAGAAUGGCUGCCAGUCUGUUCAGGGGAAGGGCAAGGACAGAAUUCUGGAGUCCCAGAAACAGCAAACUUCUUAUUGUUGCUCCUCUAGCCCCUGUCGUGAAUUAAAGAGUAGCCCUUCAAAUUAGUUCCUCCAUGAAUCCCAAUGGGUUUAACUCAUCGCCACAAGAAUGCUUGCAUUGAGGACCUAAGCUGUUUCAUGUUCAGGAAUGGUAUUUUUCUCAAAGCAGACAUACAGCACUGCUAUUUCUUCUUUGUGUAGAUGAGCAGCAGGUACCAAAUAAAGAACACUUUUUUCCCAUUUUCCGGUUACCCCGAUGGCUAUCACUUUUU